AUGGUGAGAUUAUCUACGCCGGUGCUGGCUGCGCUAGGCCUGUUCGCCGACAGAGCAUUCGGUGCCCUGGAAGUAAACCUCGACGACCCAGAAUCUAUCAAGAAGGCCGCCGCACAGGUUGCUGAAGAUCUUCUCACCUUCUAUCAUGGCGACGAGCCGGGCAUGGUUCCCGGUAUCUUGCCUGGUCCUCCCCCCGACGGCGACUACUACUGGUGGCAAGGUGGUGCGAUGUGGGGUACGCUGCUAGAUUAUCGACACAACACCGGCGACAAACAGUUCGACGAUCUGAUAACGACGGCCAUGCUGCAUCAGGUUGGCGACAACGCUGAUUACCUACCGAGCAACUGGUCUGCGUCCAUGGGUAACGAUGAUCAAGCUUUCUGGGCCUUAUCGGCCAUGCUUGCCACCGAAGUAGGAUACACGGAUCCUCCAGAGGACCAGCCGCAGUGGGUAGCACUGGCGCAGGCUGUAUUCAACGAGCAGACGAGCGAAGAUCGAAGAGUUCCCAACGGACGAUGCAAAUGGGGUCUCAGAUGGCAGGUUUACUCGACCAAUAAUGGAUACGACUAUAUCAACACCAUCGCUAACGCCUGCUACUUCAACAUUGGUGCCCGACUGGCCCGUUAUUUCGGCAACCAGACCUACGCCGACCUUGCGACGAGAACCUGGGAUCUGAUCUCUGAUCUAGGCUACAUCUCAGAGAAGUGGGAUGUCUACGACGGCGCCCAUCUGCCCGACUGCAGCGACCUCAACAAAGCCCAGUUCUCGUACAACGCCGCCAUGUUGCUACAGGGUGCUGCUUUCUUGUAUAACUACACCGAUGGCGAGCAAAUCUGGAAGGACCGCAUCGAUAACCUUGUAGACCGCAUGAUCGAAAUUUUCUUCCCUGCCCCCGCCAAUAUCGCGUUUGAGCCAUCUUGUGAAAAUCAGCAAUGUAACUCUGAUAUGGAGUCCUUCAAGGGAUUCACGCACCGAUGGAUGGGCACGACUAUGCAGGUGGCACCUUUCACCAAGGAGAAGAUCCUGCCAGUUCUAAAAGCAUCCACGCAAGGCGCCGUGAAGCAGUGUACCGGCGGUGCCAACGGUCGAUUCUGUGGCUUCCACUGGACCAGCGGUGUUUGGGACGGGGACAUGGGUGCCAGUCAGCAGAUGAACGUCCUAGGUGCCUUGGUCAGUCUCCUGGCUCCCGACGUCCCGGCACCCGUUACCAACCAGACCGGUGGUACUUCGAAGGGUAAAGCGAACGCUGGUUCUAGCGACCCCGUAAUGCCUACGCUCGCUCCGAUCACCGGCGGCGAUAGGGCAGGUGCGGGCAUCCUGACAGCCAUCGUCAUCGCAGGAUCACUCUCGGCCUUUGCGUGGAUGAGCUUGGACUAA